AUGUCCCUCUCUGGGCCCCAGGACCCAUCGGGAGGAGAAGAGGAUGAGAUCCCCCUGGAGAGAAAGGCAGUAUUAAAACCAGGCGCCCUGCUCCGCACAUACACGCAGCAUCUGCUCAGCCGCAGCCCUGGGGCCACGCUUUACUUCUGCACCCUCUCCUCAAAGAACACACAUUUUCCACUCAGCUGGGGCCCAGGAAACAAUGAGUGGGUGUCUCGAGGAGGACGAUUUGACCAGAAAGAGCAGAAGAGCUUCCUGGGGCCUCGGAAGGAUUACUGGGACUUUCUCUGCACUGCCCUACGACGGCAGCGGGUGGACAUGGAGCCAAUCCACUUUGUCCGUUCCCAGGACAAGUUGAAGACCCCUCUGGGGAAAGGCCGUGCCUUCAUCCGCUUCUGCCUGGCCCGUGGGCAGCUGGCUGAGGCCCUGCAGCUCUGCCUCCUAAACCCAGAGCUCACCAGGGAAUGGUAUGGACCCCGGAGCCCUCUGCUCUGCCCAGAACGCCAAGAAGACAUCCUGGACUCUCUCUAUGCUCUCAAUGGGGUGGCCUUCGAAUUGGACCUCCAGCAGCCAGACCUGGAUGGAGCCUGGCCCAUGUUCUCAGAGUCACGCUGCUCCAGUUCCACCCAAACCCAGGGAAGGAGACCCAGAAAAACCAAAGAUGCCCCAAAGAAGAUCCCAGCUGCAUAUGGAAGGCCCGAAAAUGUCCAGAUUGAGGACUCACACACCAAUCAAGCUGUCUGUCUGCAAGAUGCACCCAGUGGACAGCAGCUGGGAGGCCUGCCCAGGUCCCAGCAGCAAAGGCAUCUUCCUUUCUUUUUGGAAAAGAAGGGGGGAAAUUCCAGGAGACAUAGGUACCCCCAGAGUAUGUGGGAACCAGAAGAAGAGGAGCUUCAACUAGACCAGGAGGAAGGAACCCCAUGGAUUGAGAUGUUCCUGGGGAACUCAACACCCAGCACCCAGGGACAGGGGAAGGGGGCUAUGGGCACUCAGAAGGAGGUGAUUGGGAUGGAGGCUGAGGGCACAGGGGUUCUGCUGGGUGCAGAGGGUCAGAGAACAACAGAGGAGACUCAUGAAAAGGAACCAGAGUGGAGUCAUGUCCAGAGGCUGCUGAUGCCCGGCCCCAGAGGGACCAUAGCGGGAACAGUAUCGGGGAGCAGGCAGGGAUCGGGGGACUCUAGCAUCCUGGGGGAGCCCUGGGUCCUUCAGGGACUCACAACAAAGGAAGACUCUACCAUGGAGAAUCCACAUGUGCAAACAGAAGUUACCCUUGUGGCCAGAAGGGAGGAGCAAGCCGAGGUGUCCCUGCAGGACGAGAUCAAGAGCCUCAGACUUGGGCUCCGGAAGGCCGAGGAGCAGGCCCAGCACCAGGAGCAGCUGCUGAGGAAGCAGGAGGGGGAGUUGCAGGCACUUCGGGAGCAGCUCAGCAGGUGUCAGGAAGAGAGAGCCGAGCUGCAGGCACAGCUGGAGCAGAAGCAACAGGAGGCUGAGAGGCGGGACGCCAUGUACCAGGAGGAGCUUGGAGGGCAGCGGGACUUGGUCCAGGCCAUGAAGAGGCGGGUGUUGGAACUGAUCCAAGAGAAGGACCGCCUGUGGCAGAGGCUCCAACAUCUUUCUUCCAUGGCCCCUGGGUGCUGUGUGGCCUGUAGCAAGAUCUUUGGCCGAUUGUCCCGGCGGUAUCCAUGCAGGCUCUGCGGAGGCCUGCUCUGCCACGCUUGCUCUGCAGAUUACAAGAAGAGAGACCGCUGCUGCCCACCCUGUGCCCAGGGAGGAGAAGCCCAGGUCACCUGACCAAGACCAGCCCACAACUGGCCUCCCACCCGCUUGCCCAUCCCACUCAAUCCACUCCCUGCCUGUAGCUCUUCCCAGCC